AUGUCGAGGUCCGACGAAGAGGACGACGACGAAGACUUCCAGGCAGAGAGCAACGCGGAAGAAGUUAGCGCGGCAUACAAGCUGUUCACACACGGCGCUGCGGGACCGAUAACGCUUGGGCAUCUCAGGAGGGUAGCCAAGGAACUGCGAGAAGACGUGCCAGACGAAGUCUUGAAGGAUAUGAUCAUCGAGGCCAACGGCGGGGUCAAGGGUCAGGAGAAAGACGUGGGAGGGGUUAGUCUCGAAGACUUUGAGAGCGUCAUGAAGAGGGCCGGCCUGUCUUUCGGGUGA